AUGUCUUUCCAACCUUAUUCUACUGUUCCAAACAAUCAGUUUCAGAAUGUUCAGUCCAAUCAAGUACAGGAUUCUGAGUUUCGAUCUGCGCGUGUUCAACUUUCUACAUUGCAGCCGAGACACCAACCUCUGGCACAAGAUACCUCGUUUGGAACCGAACAGAGCAAGUACAGCCGGGAGACAGUCGGGAGAAGACAUCCAAUCUCCCUGCUUAACACUCCUGUUGAGCUCAAUCAGGAGCAGAUGCUGGCUCCCAAUUUGACAUACCAAGGCUCCUCAUCUGAUCCACGACGUGCGGUGAUGGCACUUCGAGCUAUUGGAGAAUGGCCCAUAUCCCCCGAGCCGUCAAAUCAGAGUCCGUCCAUUGAGCAAGUACCUUCUUUGCUUGAGUCUCAAAACUAUGGUAACCAAUAUAGACAGGACGCUUCGACGACUAGUCUUGACUGUUAUGAUGAUGUGAGGAGGAGUGGGAACCGGGAGAUCCAAACUCAUGGAGCGGAUCAUAUGACCCCUAUGAUGCCCCAUGAGGUGAGGCAUUUGGGGACCGACAUAUCCAUGGAGAAGGCGGACAGUCGUGGUGUCGGAGAAGAGACUCCCUGGGGCAGAUUGGUCUGA